AUGGUUAGUAGGAAACUCAAAAUAUGCAUGUCAGUGUCAGCAUUAUUCUUAAUCAUAGUCAUUGCUGUGAUUGUUGCCUUAAUCUUCACAGUCUUCAAAAUCAAGGACCCUGUUGUAACUGUCCACCCAGUAAUAGGCCCAGGAAGCCUUUCAGUCACUAAUUUAUCCUCCAGUGUGUUCAUACCAACCUUAAUCACUAUCACUAAUCCAAAUUAUGGAGACUUUAGGUCUGUGAAUUCCACUGGCCAUGUAAAUUAUGAUGGUAACGUUGUGGCAGAUAUUCCAUUGGCCUCAAACUUUAUUCCAGCUCGUAGCCAGAUCAAUAUCAGCAGCAAUGCGGAAUUUAAUGUAGCAAAGAUGAUUGAGGAUCCGAAAUUUUUGCUUGAUAUUGCAAGUGGGACAUUGAAUUUUACAUCAGAUGCUGUUAUGCCUGGGAAAGUUAUCAUACUCAAGUUUAUCAAAAUGAAGGCUACAACACACAGUUCUUGUGAUAUAUCUCUUGGUAUUGUUUCUAAUCGUGUGCAUGUGGAGUCUAAUUGUGUAACCAAAAUCAAGAUUUGA